AAGCAAUUUGGCGGCAACCCUUAACCAGAGAAGCUAUGUCAAGGCAAGCUCUUCCUCUCUUCGAAAACUUGCAUCGGUCUAUCAUCCCCUGCCUCGACUCAUUAACAUCUCCAUUAUCACACGCGAGACAAGCCCAUGCCCAUUUUAUCAAAACCAGCAUCUCCGGCGACUCAUAUCUCGCCACCAAGCUCCUCUCUCUUUACGCCAAUCACAACUGCUUCUCCGAUGCAUGCCUCGUCUUCGAUUCCGUCGCUGAACGCACGCUCUUCUCCUUCUCCGCCCUCAUACAAGUGUUUACGAAAUCCAAUCAUUUUAGCCUUGCUAUUCGCGGGUUCACUCAAAUGACAUCUCACGGUCUCAUGCCCGAUGCCCUUGUUCUGCCAAGUGUUUUAAAGGCAUGCUCUGGAUUGAAGUUAUUGAAAGUGGGUCAACAGGUUCAUUGCUUCGCUUAUGUAUCAGGGUUUGAAUCAGAUUUAGUUCUUCAAUCUUCUUUGGUGCAUUCGUAUUUAAAAUGUGACCGAAUUAAGGAUGCUCGCAAACUAUUUGAUAGAUUGCCCCAACCGGAUGUAGUUACUUACAGUGCUUUGCUCUCAGGUUAUGCGCGCCAUGGACUAGUGGAAGAGGCAAAAGAGCUCUUUUCUGGAAUUGAAAAUCUGGGUGUAGAACCCAAUUUGUUUUCUUGGAAUGGUAUGGUCACAGGGUUUAAUCAUAGUGGACACUACGAGGAGGCAGUUGCCGUUUUUAGGAAUAUGGUUUCAGAAGGAUUUAAGCCUGAUGAUUGUAGUAUCUCUGGUGCUCUAUCUGCUGUGGGUAACAUGGCGAAUUUGGGUGUUGGGAUACAAAUUCAUGCUCAUGCGAUCAAGCAAGGUCUAGAGCAGAGCAAUUGCAUCUUAAGUGCACUGAUUGAUAUGUAUGGUAAGGCUGGCCAUGUGGUGGAAAUGUCACGGGUGUUUGAUGAGAUGAUCGAUAUGGACAUAGUUGCUUGCAAUGCUUUUAUUACUGGGCUCUCGCGAAAUGGUCAUUAUCAUGAUGCAUUAUCUGUAUUUAAGCAAAUUAAGUGCCAAGGGUUGGAACUUAAUGUUACGUCUUGGACAUCAAUGAUUGCAGGUUGUUCUCAGAAUGGGAAAGAUAUUCAGGCAUUGGAUCUUUUCAGAGAGAUGCAAAUUGAGGGUGUGAAACCCAAUUCUGUAACAAUCCCUUGCUUGCUACCAGCUUGUGGAAAUAUUGCAGCUUUAAAUCAUGGGAAGGCAGCUCAUUGCUUCUCUAUUAGACGGGGAUUCUCUAAUGAUAUUUGUGUGAGCAGUGCAUUAAUUGAUAUGUAUGCGAAGUGUGGGAGAAUUCAGUUGUCUCGCCUUUGUUUUGAAAAUAUGCCUACCAGAAAUUUGGCUUGCUGGAAUGCAAUAAUGGGUGGAUAUGCAAUGCAUGGAAAGGCAAAGGAGGCUAUGGAGACAUUUGAUAUCAUGCAAAGGAGCGGGCAGAAGCCCGAUUUUAUCAGCUUUACUUGUGUAUUAUCAGCCUGCUGCCAGGGUGGCCUAACAGAUAAAGGUCGGUAUUAUUUUGAUAGCAUGUCCAGGGAUCAUGGUAUUGAACCAAGGGUAGAGCACUAUGCUUGUAUGGUGAACCUUCUAAGUCGUGCUGGAAGGCUAGAUGAGGCACAUGCAAUGAUCAAGCAAAUGCCAAUAGAACCAGAUGCUUGUGUUUGGGGUGCUUUGCUGAGUUCUUGUAAAAUCCACAAUAAUGUUAAUUUAGGUGCGGCUGCUGCAAAAGAACUCUUUGAGCUAGAACCUAACAAUCCUGGAAACUAUGUUCUUCUGUCAAAUAUUUAUGCGUCUAAGACCAUGUGGGCUGAAGUAGAUGCAUUGAGGGAUACGAUGAAGAGUAUGGGUAUGAAGAAAAACCCUGGAUGCAGUUGGAUCGAGCUCAAGAACAAGAUGCACAUGCUACUUGCUGGAGACAAAUCACAUCCACAGAUGAUGCAAAUUGUUGAGAAGUUAGCUGAAUUGAGCAUGGAGAUGAAAAGAUCAGGUUACUUGCCUCAUACUGACUUUGUGAUGCAAGAUGUGGAGGAGCAGGAUAAGGAACAGAUCCUUUGCGGGCACAGUGAGAAGUUGGCAGUAGUGCUUGGGCUCCUUAACACCGGUCCGGGGACUCCUCUUCAAGUAAUUAAAAACAUCAGAAUCUGUGGUGAUUGCCAUUCUGUUAUAAAGUUCAUAUCAAGCUUUGAAAGAAGAGAGAUUUUUGUCAGAGACACAAAUCGGUUUCAUCAUUUCAAGGAAGGGGUUUGUUCAUGUGGGGAUUAUUGGUGACUUAUGCAUAUGUCUAACUUGAAAGGGACCAGAGUAUAAUGAGAAUGAUACAACUUACUACCCUUCUUCGUUUAGGACAGAAGACCAAGAAAAAUACUGUGUGAAUUGUGAUAAUGCAUUCAUGAUAAACCUGAAGGUCAGAGACCUGCGUUCUGAGUUUCUGAGCCAACAUGGGGUAUUCACAGUUUCUUUUGAACUUCAUAGAUUGAACUCACUCAAUAGAAUAAAAUUUCUGAAGAAUGAGGACAGUUUACUUCUCUUCUGGAAAGCACUCCAGAGCUGGAUCUAUAAUCUAUAUUGCUCCCUUCUACCUUCAAACUAAGCCCUCUCAGUGCCAGCUUGCUACAGCUCUUUGGUGACCCCUUUUGCCCUUUGAAUUUUUUUUUGAAAGGUGAUAUGAUCACCAUAUUUUUUAAUAGUAAUUUGUAUGGAAACUAAAAAGAAAGAAUGAGAGAUUUUGAAGCUUUAUUUGUAUCCUUUCUCUCUUUCUUCAAGAUUUUCAGGAUGCUUUUACUCAAUUCUGAUUAAAAAAACGCAUAUCACAAUGACGUGAUUGCAAAUUUGAAGUUCAGCUAUGGUGAGUGUUAGAAAAUCCAGUGAGUUUUGGCGCUUAUAUUAUGUGGACUAUCAACGAUUUGCUGGUGGUGAUGAGGCUGUGCUGAAUAUGACUGAAGAUUUCUCCUGCAAAUUAUGGAUGUUCCCGAUCCUGUUCUUUUAGUAUUUUUUUUUUCCUGAUAAGCGAUCUUGUCUUCCGCUCUAAGAUAGAAUAACUCUAAAUCAAAUGGGCGUCCCUGCCUUCAUGUUGUUUCAUGGUCACACAAGCCCUCGUUUCCUAUGAUAGGUAAUCUUCCUGCAUUACGUAUUUUUUGCGCUUGAGAGUUUCUGUUCAUGAGUAGUUUCUUGUUAAAAUUUAGGUUACAGAAGAAACCUCUCUCUGGUAUUAGAGCCAUUAAUGGACAAUACCCCUUGCACUUCUGAUUGUGAGUUUCUUGUUCUACUGAAUUAUAUGUUCAUGGGCUAUAUAUCCUAUUUUACAAACACCGAUCUGGUCUUCUGUAACAUCUUACAGAGCAAUUACUAACUAGUGCAAACCUAAUCUCUCCUUUCUUUAUUGAACCAGUUGUAAGAACAGCAUAGCCAGUAUUUUUAUCCUAAUCACCAGGCCCAGUAAUUUAGUUACAAGACAAUUGGCGCACAAUUUCUCUCCUGCAAGCAUGUUUCUUCUUUUCUAUGCAUACAUUUGAUACAACUAGGUUUAUGGAGAAUUCUCUCUUCUAACACAUUCCUGGGUUCUUUGUAUUUUCUAGCGACAUUCCUCUGCAGAAACAUUUUUAUAAGUAAAUGUUGUCAACAUAGAGAGAUUUUGUACGCACAGACUCAAGUUUAGGCUUAUAUCGAAUGUUUAGGUCAGACGAUUCAAGUUUAGGCUCUU